UUCUACUCCGCUCGGCUCCUGUGAAAACUGUGCAUGUGUGCGAGAGAACUCCUCGCGUGUGUGUGUUAAGAGUUUUAUGUGUGUGCAUAGGGGUUGUGUGUUUUUCUAAGUGGAGCUGGAGUGCAGCCGUUCAUCAGUGGAGCUGACUGCAGACAGGGGAAUACUCAGAUCUCACUGCGCUGCUUUUUAACUCACACACCGGCUGCUUUUGGGACUUUUUUUUUUAAGACUCACUGGACUUUUCGCACCAAAGUGGGACUCUGCCGCUGCUCUUUUUAUGCCCUCCAGGCACCAUUCCCAUCACUGGAAUUACUAAAGUUUUUUUCACUGCUUUCUGAAAUAAUUCUAAACACAUUUUUUAAACCAAAAUUUGGUAGGAUUUCAACCUGCGUCACACUCAAAUUUUUAAGAUUCACCUCCACUUUUCUGCACAUUGAAUUUAAACAUGCACAAGCCUGAGAAUGGCUGCUUUGCAAGCACAUAGCAAGAGCUCAGUAAGUGUGUGUAGGUGUGUAUACAGCACUCUCUAUACUGUGAGUGUAUAAUCAAGUGGGUUUGUCUCUUAUGGGCAUGUUUGUUUUGUUUUUUAUUGCAAUGGAAAGACUAUGAGAGGUCAAACAGUAAAAAGCAGUGCAGUAACGAUGGAAACUGUCAGUGCUGUCAGAGGCAUGUUGGGCUCAGGUGGACGCUGAUCCCGACUCGGAAUGUUCUGAACUCUUUUGGAAUUUGGUUCCCCUGGAUACGGAUGGACAGGUCUCUAUGCCCAUGUGUGACGUUUUUGUCCCGUUUUGGAUGUGAGAGGUGAAACUGGUCGUCCUUCACAAGAAGAGCAGAGAAUAUUGCCAGGACAGACUCUUCAGAACCAAGGAGGACGUUAUAAAGAUACACUGAAUUGGAAGCCUGGAAGAAGCUGAAGCUCUGCUAAAGCAAACAACAAGAGGAAGAAUCUGUUUCGGGCUUGCAGAGCUGAGCUUAUCCUGAAUCCUUGGCAAACAGGACUAAGCCUAAACCAAUCCAAAGGCAGGUGGACUGCAUCUUAUAUACAGACAAAGAAAAAAAGAAUUGGAUAUGGUCUGAAUCAGAACCUCACUCUAACAAAAGAAAUAUUGUGCAUUAAUGCCAAGUGGAAUCUAGGACUCAAACUUUCAAGUUUACUUUUGAAUAUAAAGUGGUGCCAAGAUGAUGACCAUGAUGAUGAUGAUGGCGGCCAUGAUGGUGACCUGCAGCUCUCUGUUCCUGCUGGGUCUGGCUGCUGCCCACGCAUCUACCGCCACUGCGACCCGCACUUCCUCUACACCUUCAUCCUCCUCCUCGUCUUCCUCCUCCUCACCGCGCAUGAAGCUCUCAUACAAAGAGUUGCAGCAGUUCCACGGAGUGCGGCGGUUCGAGCUGGAGCGUUCCUGCUGCUUCAGCGCUCUGCUGCUGGAUGAAGAAAGAGGCCGCCUUUUCGUCGGUGCAAAGAACUUCCUACUGUCUCUAUCGUUAGACAACAUCGCCAAGCAGGAACACAAGAUCUACUGGCCUGCUCCCGUCGACUGGAGGGAGGAGUGUAACUGGGCUGGAAAGGACAUCACUUCCGACUGUGUGAACUAUGUGAAGAUUGUGCACCACUAUAACCGCACCCACCUGUACGCCUGUGGAACCGGGGCUUUCCACCCUACCUGUGCCUUCGUUGAGGUGGGACACAGGAUGGAGGACCAUGUAUUCAGGAUCGACCCCUCUAAGGUGGAGGAUGGGAAAGGGAAGAGUCCAUAUGACCCUCGCCACAAUGCUGCAUCUGUACUCGUCGGUGAUGAGCUCUAUGCAGGUGUGGCCACAGACCUGAUGGGGCGGGACUUCACCAUUUUUAGAAGCCUGGGAAAACGCCCCUCGAUCCGUACCGAACAACAUGACUCCCGCUGGCUCAAUGAACCAAAGUUUGUUGGUUCCUUUUGGGUCCCAGAAAGUGAAAACCCUGAUGACGACAAGGUGUUUUUCUUCUUUCGUGAGACGGCAGUUGAAGCCCAGGGGCUGGGAAAGUCCACCUACUCCCGCAUUGGACAGUUAUGCAGGAAUGACAUGGGUGGUCAGCGAAGUCUGGUGAACAAGUGGACAACAUUCCUCAAGACCCGUCUGAUCUGCUCGGUGCCCGGAGCCGAUGGCAGCGACACGUACUUUGAUGAGCUGCGCGACGUGUUCCUGCUGCAAACGAGGGACAGAAAAAACCCUCUGGUCUACACUGUCUUUUCUACUUCCAGCAGUGUAUUUAAAGGCUCAGCUGUGUGUCUCUACUCCAUGAAUGACAUCCGGAGGGCCUUCCUGGGGCCCUUCGCUCACAAAGAGGGGCCCAACUACCAGUGGGUCCCCUUCCAGGGAAAAGUCCCCUAUCCACGCCCUGGAAUGUGUCCCAGCAAGACAUUUGGCAGUUUUGAGUCCACCAAGGGUUUUCCAGACGAUGUGAUCCAGUUUGCACGUCACCACCCUCUGAUGUAUAACCCAGUCUACCCUAUGAGCCGCCGGCCCGUCUUUGUCAGAACCAACGUGGACUACAGCUUCACACAGAUCGCUGUGGACAGAGUCAGCGCUGCCGACGGACAGUAUGACGUCAUGUUUAUUGGCACAGACAAAGGGACAGUACUAAAGGUGAUCAAUGUUCCCAAGGAGAGCUGGAACAACAUGGAGGAGCUACUACUGGAAGAGCUGGAGGCCUUCAAAGAUGCUUCAUCUAUCAUUGACAUGCAGAUCUCCUCAAAACGGCAACAGCUGUAUCUGGGCUCAGACACUGGCAUUGCCCAGGUUCCCCUCCACCGCUGCAGUGUGUAUGGGAAGGCGUGUGCUGAGUGCUGCCUGGCCAGAGACCCAUACUGCGCCUGGGACGGGACAUCCUGUACUCGCUACCUGCCAAACACCAAGAGGCGUUUCCGUCGGCAGGAUGUAAGGAAUGGAGACCCAAACACCCUGUGCUCUGGAGACCACCAUAAGCAUCGUGUUGCAGAGAGGAAGCUGUACGGAGUAGAGGGAAGCAGCACUUUCUUGGAGUGUAUCCCCAAAUCCCUUCAGGCCAGAGUCACCUGGACCUUCCAGAAACAUUCACAGAACCCACGGGAAGAGGUGCGUCUUGAUGACCGCAUCCUCCAGACGGACAGAGGCCUUCUGAUUCGCCGUGUCCUGAAGAGAGAUGUCGGCAUCUACCAGUGCCACGCCAUGGAACACGGCUUCACCCAAACCUUACUCGGCAUCACCUUAGAAGUCGUACCUUCAACAUCCCCCUCAGUCUCCAAUCUACCCUCCGAUGCCCCUGUCCGAUUAGACCCCCGCAGUGGAGGUGGGCCCCCGAUGACCAAUCAAAAGCUUUGGUACCGAGACUUCAUGCAGCUAGUGGACCACCCUAACCUGAGCACCGUCGACCAGAUUUGUGAGCAAGUUUGGGCACGAAAGAACGCUGGCGGCGACCAAGGGGAUAAGACCUUUCCUGCUGCGGGGAAGGACGUCCCGCCUCUGGGCCCCGCUGUCCGCCCAGCUAACAAGAAGUGGAAACAUCUUCAGGAGAUAAGGAAGGGGAGAAACCGCCGGACCCACGAUGGGAAACCGAACCCUCGGGCGCCUCGCAGUGCCGGGGAGUAACAACAUAGAGAAAGACAUGGAGGGAAAAAAGAAUGACUGAUACGAGAAAGAAAGGAGGAGAAUGAUAGAAAGAGACCGAGAGACUCCGGGAGGUGUUUACACAUACAGAUACACUCACGCACAUUAAAACACAUGCAGACACACACACACAGCACCUCCUCUAUUGUGUAUAUUUAUCCAUGGAUGCCCCUACUAUAUGGUACCCCAAUCCCUGAGUCCUCGUCCCACUGGCCACCCCCUGCAUGUGCUGCCUUACUGCCCAAAUUGAUUCUGCACGAUCCCUUUACACUGUUCCACUAGCGUAGUCGUGUGUUCAAGCAGGUAUGUCUGUGGGCAAUAAACUUACACUGUCCUGUCAUUCCCUUUGACACUGACUGUAUAUGGAAGGUGGGUUAACAGCACAGGAUUACCACAUUUAUUUGUUGGGAAAUAAAACUACAUGCCAUUUUAUAUGUGGCUCACAGUAUGAACACCUACUCUCUGGACAGAACAAAUAACAGCCCCAGUUUUGGAUGACCACUCC